AUGACUGGUGGAAGUAAUUCACUCGAUGUUGAAAGAUUAAAAGCCGAUAUUCAUCAAGAAGAACAAAUAAAACAAUCGUUAGAACAAUCAUGUCAUGAAUUAACAAACACGGCUGUAGAACUAGAAAAACGUUUAAAAUUAAUUGAUGAAGAAAGUAAUGAAUGGAAAACACGUUUUGAAAAUCAGGAAGAAAUUAAUCGACAUCUUCAUAGACAAAUUGCUUUACUGGAAAAACGUAUUGAAAAUGCUAGAGAAGAACUUAAAACAGCUAAAACACGAGCAACAAAAAUUGAUACCAAUGAGAUCAGUAAAGAAAGUCUUAGUGAAAUAGAGGGUGAAAAGAGAAGUUUAUUGAGUCAAUUAAGAGAUUAUGAAUGGCGGUUAGAACAAGAAAAUAAGGCUUAUCAUAAAGCAAAUGAAGAACGAAAAACGUUAACAAAUGAAAUAACAGAUAUCAGAAAUACAAUAUCAGUUAUGAAGGAAAAAAAUCAAUUACCCGAUCAUCCUAGUAAGAACGAUCGUGUAGUUCAAUUAACAAGUAGAACAGACUAUCCGACGACCGAACGAGAUGCACACAAUAAUAUACCGAUGGAUAAACGAAUCAUCGAUCCAAAGAAAGGACCGAUAAAUAAAAAUGCGACAGUGAGAGCGUUACCGAAAAUUACGAAUAAACAAUGA